AUGCUGUCCAGCAGGGGGCGUGCGGCGCCCCCCGUCGGUCGGUCGGUCCGCCCCCGUCGGUGCCCGUCCCGGCGCCCGCCCUCCCGCCCGCCCCCGUCGGUGCCCGUCCCGGUGCCCGUCCCGGUGCCCGUCCCGCGCGUUCCGGGGGCGAUGGGCGGCGUGUGGUCGGCGCUGGUGCUGGGCGGGCUGGCGGGGGCGCUGCUGGCCUGGCUGGGCCGCGGGGCCGGGGGCGGGGGCCCCCCCCCGGAGGAGGGCCCCCCCCCGGAGGAGGAGCCCACCGGCCCGGGACCCACAGAGCGACGUCAGGAACGCGAGCUCCUGGCCCACGCGCCCACGUGCGGGCCCCUGGACCCCAAGCCCUCCGGGGCCGCCCCCCGAGGGCCCCGGGAUGAUCCGAACCCCAAGCCGGGGGCCCCUUCCGCCCAGCUACCGGAUGCCCGGCCCGGGGCUUCUCCCGCGCUAGCCGACUCGCUCCCGAGAGACGCCGCCGGCCUUCCUACGGGGGACGCUCCGGACCCGGCCCACCCCGGACAUCGGGGCCGGGAGGGGACCGGGCGGCCCCGGGAGCCGACCCCCGGCGGGGACCCGGCGGCAGGCGGAGGAGGCCCCGGCGGAGCCACGGGAGGACCAGAGCCCGAGGCCAGGGCCAAGUUGGUGGUGGCGGUGCCCCCGAUGCCCCAGCCCGUCACCGUGCGCUUCCGCGUGCACUACAUCACCCGCUCGGCCGCCCAGAAGCUGGCGGUCACCGGCGACCACCGAGCCCUGGGCGCCUGGGAGGCCCACGUCCCCCUCCGAGGGGACAAGGGCGGGUUCUGGUCCGGCGCGCUGGCCCUCCCCGGGGAGACCCGGCUGGAGUGGAAGUUUGUGGUGGUGGAGGACGGGAGGGUGGUCCGCUGGGAAGAGGGCCCCAACAGGCGCCUGGACACCGGGCACCAAGACGCGGAGGUGUGGCGGUGGUGGGGGUGUCCCUGACGGCCCCCCCGGGGGCGGCCGAGCCGUCGCCACGCCGGGCCUGGGCGUCCUCCGCCUCGCCCCGGGGGGUCGUCUGGGCUCUCCCCGGCGGGCCUCGUCCGGACAGGGCCCGAUUUCCGGGCGGCGUAACCGGGGCUUCGACGGGAGAAAUGGCGCCUUGAGUCGUCGGAUGGCGCGGGAACGACCGCGGGCCUUCCCGGAGAGGGGACCUCGCCUUCGAUCCGAGCCCGACCCUCGUCUGCCGACGGACGGGAGGAAGCCCACGUGCUGAGCUUUGACGCGCUCCCGGGAUGGCGUUCCCAGACCCGCAUCCCGGCGGCCCCGGCAGGAGGGGAGGAGAGAGGCUUUUCGGCUUUAAUUUCUGGUAGCCGACUCUGCAAUAAAGCUUGCUAUUUUCCUA